CAUUACUAUUGACAUUGCACAUUAAUCUCCAUGUAAAAAUUAUGUGAACUUGUUCGUUCUCGAUCGGUAGAGGUAUUUCGUGGUACCGAUCAUUCCUUUUGUAUUUUAGUAAGAUCUUUUCUGUUCUAUUUUGUGUGCACUUUUUCGGCAAGAUUGUUUCUGAAAGCAGCGAUAAUGCGCACUAUUUAUUGCAUGUUCGUUAUCGCGGUGAUAAACUUGGCGACGUGUCGAACUCAGGAUGUGUAUUCCAAUACAUGGGUUGUUCAAGUUGACGGUGGUCGUGGGGCAGCCGAAACGAUAGCAAGAGAAAAGGAUGUUACACUACUAGGCCAGGUUGGAAGUUUGGAAGGAUUUUAUUUGUUCAAGCACAAUUCACAUCCCAAACGAUCGAGACGCGAUGCUAUGGAUAUCACGUCGGACCUUAGUGAACAUCCUAAUGUAAUUUGGGCAGAUCAACAAAUUGCGAAGAGACGCGUACGAAGAGACUACAGUCCCAAGUUGAACGAUCCAGAUUACAGUAAACAGUGGUUUCUGCAUAAUAGAGAUAGUAUAUUUAAAGGAUAUGAUCACAAUGUCCUUCCAGUUUGGGAACAGGGUGUUACUGGCAAGGGUGUAGUUGUGUCCAUCCUGGAUGAUGGAAUUGAAUAUGCACAUAGGGAUUUAAAGGAUAACUAUGAUUCUGCAGCUAGUUAUGACUAUAACAGUAAUGAUCCUGAUCCUGCUCCAAGACCAACAUGGAAUGAUGAAAACAGGCAUGGUACAAGAUGUGCAGGUGAAGUGGCUGCAGCAUGGAACAACAGUGUCUGUGGGACAGGCGUGGCACCAGGGUCAAAAGUAGGAGGUGUACGUAUGCUGGAUGGUGAUGUGACAGAUGCAGUAGAGGCAUCAUCUCUGAGUCUCAAUCCUCAGCAUAUUGAUUUGUACAGUUCAAGUUGGGGACCAGAUGAUGACGGGAGGACUGUUGAUGGGCCAGCUAAACUGGCAAAAAAGGCAUUCGCUGAUGGUGUUCAAAAAGGCCGUAGUGGAUUAGGUUCCAUUUUUGUGUGGGCCUCUGGCAAUGGGGGCAGAGGCCAUGACAGUUGCAGUUGUGAUGGCUACACAAAUAGUAUUUACACUUUGUCAAUCAGCUCUGCAACAGAACAUGGAACAUCUCCAUGGUAUUCUGAGUACUGUGCAUCAACUCUGGCCACUACUUUUAGCAGUGGAAGCUAUGAUAUGAGAAAAAUUGUUACAACAGACCUUCAUGGAAGAUGUACAGAUUCACAUACAGGUACAUCUGCCUCAGCACCUCUUGCAGCUGGAAUAUUAGCCCUGGCAAUGGAAGUUAAUCGUAACCUGAGUUGGAGGGAUAUGCAGCAUCUUGUUGUUCGAACAUCAUCCAAUGCCAAGUUAAAAUCUGAUGACUUUGUUGUAAAUGCAGUUGGGAGGAAGGUCAGCCACAAGUUUGGUUAUGGGUUACUUGAUGCUUUAGCACUCGUCAACCUUGCAAGGAAGUGGAAAACUGUGCCAGCCCAGCACAUCUGCCGUGAAAUACCUGAAGCACAGCAGAGACCUAUUCCUGGAACUGGCUCUUUAAAGGUGACUAUUGACGCAACAGCUUGUUCAGGUGGUGACCGCUAUGUACGGUACUUGGAACAUGUCCAAGUGGUCUUAACCUUGACUUUUACACGACGUGGAGACCUCACCAUUAAGCUGAUUUCCCCUCGUGGUACAGCUUCAGUUUUAUUGCCUCGGCGAAGGGAAGACUACUCUAGUGCUGGCUUUACAGAUUGGGAAUUCAUGUCAACUCACACAUGGGGUGAAGACCCAAAAGGAACCUGGACAUUGGAGAUUGAAAACCAUGGUGCUUCUCGAAAUAGUGGUACACUCAAGAAUUGGUAUUUGAUUACUUAUGGAACAUCAGAACCACCGCAACCUAGUGAUUCUACAAAGGAACCAGUACCUGCUUGCAACUUGGAAUGCCAAAAUGGAUGCACUGGACCAAGAGCAGACCAAUGCAAAGAGUGCAAGCACUUUAGAAGUAGUACCAGCCAUGAGUGUGUUGCCGAUUGCACCAAGACAGAGUACAGAGAUCUGACUGCAAAACUUUGUACUCCUUGCAGUCCAACCUGCGCAACUUGUUAUGGACCUAACUCUUCUAACUGUCUAUCUUGUCAUCCACCUCUUAUUCUGAACAAUGGAAGUUGUGUGAACUUUUGCCCUGAUGGCUGGUACAAACAUGUCAAUGAUUCUAUUUUGAUGUGCGGAAAGUGUGACAAGUCGUGUUUGACUUGUGCCGGUAAUGCAACGUCAUGUGCUUCCUGCACAUCACAGUACAGGCAUCAUUUCAGCAAAUGUGUAGCUAAAUGUGUGGAUGGACAGUACUUAGCCGACGACGGACAGUGUAAGACUUGUCACCCCUCGUGUCGUAAAUGUCAUGCUGGUGAUGCGAGCUCCUGCACAGAAUGUGGCACUAAAGAAACUCAGCAGCAACUUUUCCUGCAUGGGGGAGAGUGUAAGGCAUCUUGCCCAAGUGGACUCUAUGGGGAUAAAGAAAGCCGCGAAUGUAAACCCUGUUUUGCUUCGUGCAGCAGUUGUGUAGGUUCUUCAACAUCCGAUUGUCUGUCUUGUAGCAAGGGACACUUUAGGACUGAAACCCCAGUUGGAACAUGUGUUGAAAGUUGUCCUGAGGGUCAGUAUGGGAAAUCCUCAAAUGGCACCUGUGUUCCUUGUUUGUCGUCAUGUAAACAUUGUGAUGCUAUAGCGCCCACCAAAUGCACCAGUUGUCAAGAAGGCAAAUUUCUUCACCUGCAUCAAUGUUUGUCUGCUGAACAAUGUCCAACUGGCACAUUUCCAAACGUCACCUCAUGGAUUUGUGAAAAUUGCCCGGUUGGGUGUGCUUCUUGCAGUCAUUCCUCGGGCCUCGAGUGUCAGUCUUGUUCAGAAGGAUUUGUUUCGUACAAAUCGCAGUGCUUGAUACGUUGUCCUGAGGGAACCUUCCCAAGGAACUCCAGCUGUUUCCCUUGUAAUCCAGCAUGUCAGACAUGCUUUGGUGAGGAAAGCGACCACUGCUUCUCUUGCGCUCUUUCGAAUGUUUUGGCUGGAUCCGCAUGUGUCACCAAAUGUCCAGAUGGAACGUUCCACAGCCAAAAUACUCAUACUUGUGAAUCGUGCCACACAAAUUGUGAAACAUGCCGUGGACCGUCUGCCAGUGACUGCCAGACUUGUAGAGCUGACUGGUCGCUUGAUGGCUCUGAAUGCAAACCUCUUUGUCCGAGAGGCAGGUUUAAUAGUAGUAACGGCUGUCAGAAGUGCCAUCCUCUGUGCCAUGCAUGCUCUGGUCCAAGUGAAAAAGACUGUCUCAGCUGCAGUGAUAUAAAGUUUCUGGAUUUGCAAACAAAACAUUGUUCCUAUGAGUGUCCAGAUCGUUAUUUCGGUGAUCUGGAUACAACAAGAUGUAAACCAUGCUCCCCUGGAUGCAACAAGUGUAUAAACGGAGUUGAAUGUUUGUCCUGUGAGCCAGGUUUAUUGCUUGUUGCUAAUUCAUGUCGAACACAGUGCCCAGCAGGCCAAUAUCGUAGCAAAACCAACUCAUGUGAACCUUGCGAUGCCAUGUGCAAGGAAUGUGUGAGAUCUUCCAACAACUGUGUCCGGUGCAAAGAGCACGAGGUUUUGAGUGCUGGAAAAUGUGUCAGUAUCUGCCCAAUUGGAACAUAUCUUUUGCCAGGAACUAAGAGUUGUGUAUCCUGCCAUUCAUCAUGCAAGUCUUGCACGGGACCCAAUGUGGAUCAAUGUACAAUGUGUCAUCCCGCGUCUGUUAUGGCGUACUCAAGAUGUUUAGCAUCUUGUCCUUCUGACUAUUACUUUGACAGAGAAGUCAGUAGUUGCCAGCGAUGUGAUUACUACUGUUCAACCUGUGAAGGAGGGAAUGGCCUCAGAAAUUGCACAAGAUGUACGCCACCAUUUGUGCUCUUUAAGCACUACUGUAUCAGAGAGUGUCCCAAACAUGGCUGGGUAUUGGAUGACAGUCGUCAGAAGUGUGUAAAAUGUCACGCUUCUUGUUCAAGAUGCAUUGGACCCACAUCAAAUGACUGCAUCGCAUGCAGCAAACCCGAUACAAGUCUUGUCGGCUUUUCGUGCCUAAAGGAAUGCCCCCAUGGAACAUUUCCAAAUCGGGAUACAGGCUUCUGUGAGAGAUGUCACCCAACCUGCGAGACGUGUUCUGGUGCUGGUGCAGAUAAUUGCUUAUCAUGUGCUAAAGACUUAGUUCAAAGUGAAAACAAAGGAAGGUGCGGCUCAAUCUGCCCUGACGGACAAUUUUCUAUAGAAGGAAAAUGUGAGAAGUGUCAUCCAAAUUGCAGAUCCUGCAAUGGCCCAGGUAGCUUCAACUGUCUUAGUUGCGCACAGGGCAAAGUAUUCUACAAUUUUACUUGUGUCAAUAGCUGUCCCGAUGGAUCAUUUCUUACGGAGCAGUAUGGUAUUCAUCAGUGUCUAGCGUGUCAUCCAGUCUGUCAUUCUUGUUAUGGUUCCUCUUCAGAUAAUUGUCGCUUAUGUAAAAGUCCGCUUUACCUUGAGCGUGGAAUGUGUGUUGUGCAGUGUUCGCCCAAUCAUUCCGUUGAGGAACAAACAAGAUCUUGCCAUCCAUGUGGAAGACAAUGUAAAUCAUCAGCUAUUGACAAAAAUCGCUCUGUACAGUAUCCAAAUGAUAGUGCACUAAAAUUUGUGCUCGAGGAUCCAGGAAAGACUGGUUUAUCGGCAAUAGCCAUUGCAGUUGUGUCACUAGCAAUUGUAGCUUUUCUUGUCGUAUUUGGGAUUCUUCAGUUUCGCUCCAAAAGGAGGCUGAAAUACUACACUAGUGUAAAACCUAAUGCUGGCAAUGAAACUGAUGAAGAAUGCAACCGGUCUCUUAUAGAAGACGAAGAUGACAGACUUUAAAAUUCGAUGGAAAAUGAGUAUCGCUUUAUAUUUCAAUCGUGAACUGUUAUUAGUUUAGAAAAUACACAAUUAUUUAAUUAAUCUUUACUCUAACAGUUAUAAAAGAAAGGUAGAAAGACCUAAUACACAUAUUUGUGUGUAAGGCGAUCUGCUCUUAAAAAGUACGAAGAUUACACCUAUUUUAAUUAAAAAAGCAAGAAACUUGAGAAACAUUUUGACUAAUUUGAAAAAAAUUUGGACAGCAAAGUAAAAUUGUAUUCGAUCUUUGCGGUCCAGAAAGGUUUUAUUUUUUGAAAGCAAAUGUUUCUAGCCCCGUCCUCAUCGAUCAUGUUAACGUAAGUCUUAUUUCUAAACACCGUAUUCUUUACAUUUCAGAACGAAACCUGUCCAUAUUCUCUUGAUGAGACACUUAAGUUUGUACAACAAAGUUUUGUCAAAAGUUUUGUAGUUUUCAAGCCUUUAUUUAACGUGAAAACCUAACAGGUACUACUUCACUCAAAAAAAUUUUGGUUGCAGAAAAUUGCAAUUUUAAUCAUAUAUUUUCAUAGCCAUCAACUACCCUAUAAAUAUACUCACAUCUGAAAAAGGUUUAGAGGGAUAUAGAUAGUAAUAUUGUUACGAUUAGCUAAAGAUUUUAAUCAAAUUAAAAAUAAUUCAGUGAAACAUAUUGUGAUAUAACUUGUUUGCAGAGGCAGAUGAAAUAAUGAAUUAUUAUUUUGGUUUCUAGCAUUAUAAUAUUAGUACUAUUACUAUUAUGUUAUUGGAUGUACAAAGCAUUUAAAUUAAACCAAGCAAAUUGCUAAAAAGUAAUUUUUCAAACACCCAAUAACAUAGAGAAUUGGAUGGAAGCUAUCAUCACAUUGAUACUACUUCUGUUACGAAGAAGUAAAAUUUUAAAGUUUUCUUGGAUCCUUUAUGUGAAAUAAAUGUAUAUUUUUAUAUGG